AUGGCCUCUCCACAAGGACGAACUUCCGACGCGGGUGCCUCCCCUGGUCGAUCCUCCAACGCGGGCACCUCCCCCAAUCGUUCUCCCGAUGCGGGCGCCUACCCCGAUCGCUCCGCUGGUCAAGAAGCGGGCGCCACGUCGGCUCGCCCGUCACAAUCUGGCGCGGGCGUAACUCUUCGUCCCUCUAUCUCUGGUAAGCGCCCUGUCCUGGAAUUCUAA